UGGUUAGGGAACACGUCAGUAAUCCAAUAUUUUGUAUUUUUAAUAUUAAAUGUCUACGAAAACGAUUAAUUACUAUUUUAACUUCCGAGAUAACCGUAUGUAACAACAUGUUAAAUGAAAAUAAAUUAGUAUUACACAUUAUCAUUGCGAUGAGCGCGUUCUCUGCAAUUCUGUGUGAUAUACAGCCGCCGGUAAUUAAUCCAAGCAUACUAACGCCGUCGAAAAGCCUCGGAGAGUGUCAGGCUUGUAGAAUAUUCAUUGAAUCUUUCAAGAACGGUCUGGAGCGGACCUCCAGAGGUCAGUAUGAGGGCGGCGACGCGGCUUGGGAAGAGGAAAAGCUAAAAAAGUCAUACAAGCGCAGUGAGAUGCGUCUCAUUGAUAUACAAGAUGGUAUUUGUAAGGAGUCAAAGCAGGCUAUUCAUUGUCACCACAUGGCCGAAAAAGCUGAAGAAUAUAUUGAGGCAUGGUGGUCACAAAAUCCAGAUGAGUCUGAGGACUUGUACAUUUAUAUUUGUAUAGAAAAAUUGAAGGUAUGUUGUCCUAAAUUCCACUAUGGUAAGGACUGUGCUCCAUGUCGAGGUGACCAUGAGAAAUUGUGCAGUGGUAAUGGAAAAUGUAGGGGUGAUGGUACACGGAAGGGAAAUGGGACAUGUCUAUGUGAUAUAGGCUAUGCAGGUGACGAAUGUAAUCAAUGUUCUUCUGGUUAUUACCUAUCACACAAAGAUGAUAGUCAGAUAGUGUGCUCAUUAUGCCACAAAGCAUGUAUGGGUGGCUGUCGUGACGGUACGCACAAAGAUUGCGUAGCCUGCAAACCUGGCUACAUACAGGACUCAGAAGAAGGUUGUAAAGACGUCAAUGAAUGUGACGAGCCAUACAAAUGUGCGAAGAACCAAUUCUGUCUCAACUCUAUUGGAUCAUUUAUAUGUAUGAAUUGUGAUCGGUCAUGCUAUGGUUGCCACGGAGAUGGACCAGAUAUGUGCAAGCAAUGUGCGAAAGGCUAUGCCAAAAAUCAAGGGUUGUGUAUAGUAGAACGCAAUGAUGAAGAUUUAAAUCAAGAUCUAACUUCAACACGGUUCAUGACGUAUGUGGGCCUCCUCAUUGCUACCGGAAUAUUACUGCCAAAUUCUACCUCAUUGGGAAGUUUAGUAGGCGCGAUGGUCCUAUCCUACAUCGUCGGCGCAGAGUACUAUUGUAUGAUAAAUGGCCACAGAGGUCUGGUAGAUCUAAAGGACUUUGAUUUAAUACAAUAUUUCCGUACAUAGAAGUGAUUGUGACAACCUUAGUGGUGUAACUGCUCAGCACACUGCCUUAUUUUUCGAUGGUUGUAGGUUCGAUCCCUGCAUUCAAACAUUUGUAUUCCUGAGUAUGUUUGUUCGUAUUUGUCUGAGUGUUUUUAUACAAGUGCGCUGUGUGAUAGGUCUAAGGCUAUUAUUUAUGUAUUUGAAUACCAACAGUUGUAUGUAUGUGAAUUAUAAAGGUAAUUGUUAAUUUUUUAUGUGAUAUUUUCUUGGCAAGUUAUUAUUUGUGUGAUAUUAAGAUACAAACAUGUCUCAAUGUGCAUUAUUAUAAUUUAUACUUUAACAGUUUUAUACCGGUUGAAAUGUGAAGUCUCUAAUAAAUCUAUUUUUAUAUUAGUGUUCUGUCUUUUUUCAAAUUGGGGGCCAUUCAUAAAUUACUCCACACCGAUAUCAGUCAUUAUUAUAUAAAUGGAGAAGGAUAUUUUAGGAGGAC